AUGGCUAGACAGUCUCAGCUUAAAUUCGCCACCUCAAAAAAGGAUCAGCCAGCGAAAUUAGCUAAACCCGCGAAAAAGUCUCAAAAUACUGCCCGAACUCGCAAGCUGGCAAAAGUGGUGAAGGAAGAAGUUACUACGACUAAGGCCGGCAGCGUUGCUAGUGCCAGUGAUGGCAAAGUCGUCAGUUCCAGUAUGCGAGUUCCACCCUUUGAGUGGUGCCAAACGUACCCUGGUUCCGUUUGCAGUCUUAGCAAUUUUUCACCCAAAACGGAUGGCUAUUGGCAAAUGAAGAUUGCCUCGUGGAACGUAAAUGGUUUGCGUGCGUGGAUUAAGAAUGGUGGUUUGGAUUAUCUCCAAUCUGAAGCCCCAGAUGUCUUGUGUAUUCAGGAGAUAAAGUGUGCCAAGAAGGACAUUCCUCCACUAGCCAAUAUUGGUGAAUACACUCCUCAUUGGUAUUCUGCAAACAAGCCCGGUUAUUCUGGAACAGGUCUUUACACCAAAAUAAAACCCCUUAACGUAGUCUAUGGCCUCGGUAUCUCUAAACAUGACACGGAGGGCCGGAUUAUCACGGCUGAGUAUGAGCACUUCUACCUUAUCAACGCUUAUGUUCCAAACUCUGGACAAGGACUGGUUAGACUUGAUUACCGGACAAAGGAGUGGAAUAAGGAUCUUUGUAAGUACAUCAAGAAAUUGGAUAAAGAGAAACCGGUUAUUUUGACUGGCGACCUCAACGUUUCUCACGAAGAGAUCGAUCUAGCCAAUCCAGCAGGGAAUCACAGAUCUGCUGGUUUUACUGACGAAGAACGUCAGGGUUUUUCCGAAAUGUUGGCUGAUUGCGAUUUAGUGGACACAUAUCGUCAUUUUUAUCCAACUCGUGCGAGGGCCUACACUUAUUGGAGUGCGCGUCACAACGCUAGGAAGUCCAAUUCUGGCUGGCGACUUGAUUACUUCGUUGUCUCGCGUCGCAUGAUCUCCAGCGUUGUUGAUCAAGAGAUUCGGUGCGGAAUUCUUGGCAGUGAUCACUCUGCGCUUGAUUACGGUCCAGCUCUCGUAUUCAUUCCCGGUUAUGAACCGAUAAGGGCAGAGUUAACCUCCGGGGUGACUGAACAAGAGGGAGUGGCUUUGCGCACUUCUCAGAAGCGCUUGUCGGCGGGCUGUCAGGCAAUUCACUGCCUCAAAUCCACAAAGUAG